GUUGUUCCUGGUCGUAGUACUUACGGCUGUGUUGUUACAUUGUGCGCGAACACACCGGUUUAAAUGUAAGAUGUCUAUGAGUCAUACACAUUAGAUACACACAACGCAGUAAGACAUUAAAACACUGAACAACACAGAAAAAACAUGUUCUCAUGUGACUUUGCGUGGGGAGCGGGAACUGCUUCGUAUCAAAUAGAAGGUGGCUGGCAGACAGACGGCAAGGGACCGAGUAUCUGGGACACAUUUUGUCACGAGAAAGGCAGAGUGUUUGGGGAGCAGAAUGGUGAUGUGGCCUGUAACAGCUACGAGCUGUGGGAGAAGGACCUGGAGUGUAUCCAGCAGCUUGGAUUGACACACUAUCGCCUGUCUCUCUCCUGGGCCCGCCUCCUGCCCGAUGGGACCACACGACAUAUCAAUCAAAAAGGUGUGCAAUACUACAACAAGGUGAUUGAUGAUUUGCUGACCUGCAAUGUAUCACCUAUGGUGACACUCUACCACUUUGACCUGCCUCAAGCUCUCCAAGAUCAGGGUGGCUGGAAAUCACCGGGUAUAGCGACCCUGUUUGACAGCUAUGCCAAGUUUUGCUUCCAAACAUUUGGUGACCGCGUCAAACUUUGGAUCACUAUCAACGAGCCUUAUGUGUGCGCAAAACUGGGCCAUGAAGACGGCAUCCAUGCCCCAGGGUUAAAAGAACCAGGGCUUGCUGCCUACCUGGUGGGCCAUAACAUGCUGCGUGCCCAUGCCAUGGCCUGGCACAGCUACAACUCCUUCUACAGGACAGGGCAGAAGGGUGCGGUGUCUCUGGCCAUCAACAGCGACUGGCUUGAGCCAUCAAGAGCAGGUUGCGCCGAGGAUAUCGCUGCCACUGAACGCUCCCUUGCGUUUACACUCGGGUGGUUUGCCUGGCCUGUGUUCGUAACUGGAGAUUAUCCAGAAAUAAUGAGAUCUGCCAUUGACGCUCAAAGUAAGAAGUUUGGAUACAGUGGCAGCUCAAGACUGCCCAGUUUCUCAAAGGAUGAACCUGCCAUCUUGGGCACAGCUGACUUCUUUGCGUUGAACUACUAUACGUCUCGUAAAGUGGAACCAGGAGGAGGUUGCGUAGAGACGUUGUGUAUGAAGAGCGACCGAGACGCAGGAGAAGUUUUGGAUCCGUCCUGGCCUAUUUGUGGUGUGUCCUGGCUCGCUGUAGUGCCCCACGGAUUAAGGAACCUUCUAAAGUACAUCAAGGACACAUUCAACAACCCAGCAGUCUACAUUACAGAGAAUGGCUUCUCUCAGGUGGGGCCACUGCAAACUGAGGAUGUCCAGCGCUCAGAGUUUUAUAAGGACACCAUCUUUGAAGUGGCUAAAGCUAUACAGGAAGAUGGGGUCAAUGUCCGUGGAUAUUUUGCAUGGUCGCUGCUGGACAACUUUGAAUGGGCUGAUGGAUUCAGCGUUCGUUUUGGAUUGUUCCAUGUGGACUUUGCGGAUGCAAACCUAAGACGAACCAUGUACCAGUCUGGACGAGAGUAUGCGAAGGUGAUCUUGGAAUACAAAAGUGCUCAAUCCACAUGAGAAGACAGACGAAUAAAAAGAAAAUGUUUCACUUUUUUAUGUUUUUGCAUCUGACUCGCACUUUCAUACAAAUUAGAUGAGUCAGUCCAGUUCAACUAACCAACCUGCUUCCUUUGAUUUUAGAUCCGAAAUCUAGAGCGCCACUAUUGUCUGUGAAUUUCUUGCCAGUUUAGAAAAUGGUCAGGGAAAAAUGCAAGAAAUAGGCUUACUUGGUUGCCUUUAUAGAAAAUGUGACUUUAGCAGGAGACGUGAGGACAUGGACAAAGAGUUUUAAGUCGAUUAAAUGGAAUGCAAAUUAGUAUUCUGUAUUAGUUCCCAGUCAAUCUAUACAAGGAGUUUUUACGGAUAGAGUCCCUUACUCAGAGGGCCAAUGCAGCUGUAAGACCAAGCUGCUGCAGAAGGUUGUGUAUGAAUUUAUUUGUCAGUGAUUAAUAGCAAUAUUAAUGGUUGUAUCAUCUUGAGUAACAGCAUUGUUAUUUGCUCAAGUACACUGCAGGCACCUAUAGGCUUGAAGUGACGCAGUUUGGCAGUCUGUCCACAUCUCUAAGAUCUUAUCGCCUCCUUAAAUCUAACUGUGGGAGGCAGGUGAGUGUGUCUUUGAUAUGCAGCUACCACAAUGUACUUGAAAAUAAAGUAUAAUACCUUGCAUUACAGGUUAACUGGAAGGUUGAAGGUUCCCUUGAAGUACAAGGGGAAAUAAUUCACACAUUAUACAGUCCAUUUGGUUAUUCUUUUUAUAUUUGACACAAAACUCCUGUACCACUUAAUCUAUCACUUUGAGAAGAGCCCAUCAAAAAAGGGGCGAAAAAACUCAGUCAUAAUGCCGUCAGGCUGCAUAAAGCACACUCCAGUAGACUCAGAAGGGAUGCCAGCUGAAAGCAACAGAUGUCCUGCCACGGGAAGAGAGUGUAAUGCCAUUUGUGCUCCAUGGACAGCUGUGCAAACUCUCUACUUAAAGAAAGAAAAGAGGGAACAAGGCGAAAAGCCUUCUGUUGAUUCUUUGUGCAUACUGUGGUUAAGGUAGGAUUAUUUAUAUGGAGUGCUGAACAAUGCAUUGUUGAUCCACAAGGCUGAGAACCAUUUUGCAUAUUAGGCUUGGACAUUAGUGUGUAUAGGUGUGUAUUGGUAAAAGAAGGAAAACAGAAAUUGUAGGUUCAAGUUUAAGGACACGCCAAUUAAAUCAACUUGAUCUUCGUUCUUAUCAGUAAUCAGAGAACCAGAGACAAGGAUGUGCAGUUUGAUGGUAGCUGUUUGUAAGCCUACAGUGCCACCUUGUGGUAUUAAAGGGAACUAUGGUUUUGAAUUUAAUAACUCAGUGUGCUCUGUACUGCACUUUACAAUAUGGUGUCACAUGAUUUGCUGCUUUGAUUAAUAAAAUGCAUCCUGUUGGUUUAACAAUAAACAACUAAAGCAAGUCCCUAACCGCAAUACAUCAUAGAUUUAACACAAUUAAUAUUUAUGCUCUGAUGUGAAGGAAAAUGUCAUUUAUAUUCUGUGUUGGGAGACUUUGUUUGCAUUAAUAAGCAUGGCGUAUCGUGACAUCCAGUUGGCUGUGCAUACUGUUUUCAGCAGAUGUGAGUAAUACCCUUGUGGCCCUCCUCCAUCUAUGUCAAGCCGAGUGAGAUUCUCCUUUGUCUUAUGAUGAAUAACAAGCUAUUGUGGAAACAUGAAUAAUGCCACUGCCGCUCGCAUUAGAACUUCUUUGCAGGCUGCUUUGAACACAAGGUUGAACCGCAUCUCACACUAUUUCAACGCUAAUGAAGUUCAUCUAAUAUCUGUGGCUCUGUCAGAAGCUGCCGGUGAUCUUUAAAUCUCUGCAGAGGGAUGGUGACAUACCGCAAAGCACUAAACAGAUGUAAUAUGCAACUUGUCAGGUGGAGACACUGGUGGAAACAAAUAAAUCAGACAAUGUGUUAAAGAUUCCCUACAGACAUGUAUCAAGACAUAUACACAAAUAGUCUGCUUGGAACAAUGAUGUGUGUCUGAUGUGUUUUAUCUGCAAAAAAGUAUGAUUUCCACAUUAAAAUUCUUAAAAAGCCAUCUAUUCCGACCUAAUAA